AUGCCUGUAACCGCCUUCCUCGGGGUGCCGAGGGGCGCGCGUGUCCUGGGCAGCCUCGCCUGCUCCGCAGCUAUCUCGACGCGACCUCCACUUUUCGCCCGCGGCCUCCGGGGUAUCACGGCCCCGACCGUAUUGUGGGGGAGGCACGGCUUGGAAAGGAUACCCCGACUGGCAGUCGCGCGGUACCUUUCCUCGUCAGCGGCUCGUCGCGCUCCGCUUCCAUCAGAGAAACCGGAGAAAGAGGAGCCGACGGAACUGCACGAGUCGCCGUACACCCUCCCGAACGCGCUCACGGUUGCGCGUAUUGCCGCCUGCCCAUUUUUGGCGUGGGCGAUCGUCAAGGGUGACUUUGAGAUCGCGACAGGCAUCCUCGUCGCGUCUGGCUUGACUGACUGGCUCGACGGAUACCUCGCGCGCAAGUGGAACCAGAAGACAGUGAUCGGCUCGAUCAUUGACCCGAUGGCGGACAAGAUGCUCGUGACUACCCUCGUCGUCUGCCUCACAUACAAGGGCCUUCUACCUCUGCCGCUGGCGGUUCUCAUCUUCGGGCGCGACUUUGCGCUGUCCAUGUGGGCGUUCUACCUGCGGUAUCAGUCGCUUCCCCCGCCCCGCACAUUAAAGCGCUACUUUGACCCGACAAUGCCGUCUGCCGAGGUCCAGCCAACCCAAAUCUCCAAGAUCAACACCGCGCUCCAGCUCACCCUCAUGGGCUUCACCACCGUCGGACCUGUGCUCGCUGGCGCCGGAUACCCGAUCGACGUCUACCUCGAGGGACUGCAGUGGAUUGUGGCGGGCACAACCAUCUGGAGUGGGUUAAGCUACGUCGGCGCGUCGGGGUACAAGUUCCUCAAGCAGCCAGGUAAGAAGCUGUCGGACAAGAAGUAG